CUAAUAAUGUGUUCCACUAAAGAGAAAGUAUGAAAAUGGGUUGUCAUUUAAUUUUCGUUAGUAGCGGCUUGUCCAUUUAGAAAAAAGACAAGGGUAUAACGGGCAUUUACUCUCUAAAUUAACCACUUUUCACUUGACGGUGGGGUAGAGCUUCACUAACAUUGUAGAUUUGUAGCAUAACCUUGAAAAUCUAAAGCAAGCUUGCUCAAAAAAAUGUGUUAUGCAACGACCUUAUCCAUUUUAUUUACAGCUUUUCUUUUGAGGAUACGUUGGAUUGCUUCGGUUUCGAUUCCGAGUUCCAAUUGCUACGCUUUCGAUAAUUCUAGUCAUAUUGUUGAUUUUAGUAGCUGGAUUGGAUACCUGUUUGAGUAUGAUGUGCAGCAAGAUACUGACUUAGCGGUUCGAUUCUGCAAAGACGUCGAAAGCAGAUCACAAACGGGAUAUGUUGAUUUUGGUCGAUUUGACAACUACUUUGUUGCUGGUAUAGGCCAAUUUGAUUUUGUUCAAGAGUUCUAUAGCGGUGACUUGAUGGGUUGUGAGCAAAGUUAUGAUAAAAUGGGACGAACCGCGCAGGUCAACAUCAUCUGUGGGAGUUGUCCGAAUGGACAAUGCAAAGGUCGUCCUGGGUGCAUAUGUAGUGUCACUUAUGAAUCAAAAUGCAGAGUUUCAGUUGAACUUGCUCUACCAUGUGAAAAACCGGGCCCACAAGUAUUUCAAGGCUUCACAGUUGGUUUUCAUCCACGAUCAUGGGAAAUUGUUUAUAAUGGUAUGACACAAUUUGGAUUUGAGAAAUCCAACCGUGAUUUUAGCUUUCAUGCAAAGCAAUCCCAGGUAGUUCUUUUUAUGACUGCAAUAGCUUCACACUCAUCCUUGGUUCAAAAGCCAAGUCUAAAGGUUCGUCCAGAGAAAGGCCUGGAAGUUAAAUUUUCUGGAUCUGCCAACCAUGGGAAGCCUCCUACAACUCUGUCACCUACAAUGUUGAUUGUGGAUUGGAGAUGUGAAGUAGCCCGUGAUACUCCAUAUGAAGUUAAUAUAACAAUCCCAAUUAAGGGUUAUGAGCCUAUUGAAUUUGUGCUUACAAAAUUCUGUGAUUAUACACAGGAAGAAAGUGAAGAUGCCAGAAAAGGAUGGGCAAUAUUUGGGGUGCUAUCUUGCAUAUUCUUUGUCUCUUCAACACUUUUUUGUUGUGGAGGGUUUAUUUACAAGACAAAAGUGGAACGCCAGCGUGGAAUUGAUGCAUUGCCUGGCAUGACAAUCCUAUCUGCAUGCUUAGAGACAAUUAGCGGAGCAGGACAAAGAUACAUGCAGGCAGAAGAACAAAAUAGUGCCUUUGGUGGCGAACCCUCCUGGGGCCCGCCUCCUAGUUCUUCUCAAGAUGCAUGGAAACCAAUAGAAAGAAGAUAUGGGGCCAUUUGAAUAUUGGAUUGGUGUUAUUCAAUUUUU